AAGGACCCUUACCAGAUCGACAGCAUUUCCUGCUGCUUGAUCACUUGGCCAUGCCAGUCCGAAUUCCAGCACUGCCCGGUUGUAGACUGGCACUGGCCGCUAAAUCGGUGACUGCACAGUGAAGAAAGCCUUGGGGUAGGACGUUGGCAUCUGGCUCCGAACAUCCGUUCCUGGGAGAAGGAGAUGCCCGCUGAUCUAAGGGUGGGCACACACUGACAUCAACAAUGCUGCAAGCUUGGCAACUUGUGUUGGGACUCGUCCCUUUCCUCUUGGUGAGCUGUGAAGAGCCCAGCUCAGAAGGACUCUCCUCCACCUCUCUGGUGGACCUCCCCUCAUCAUUGACCACCGUAGAGACCUUGGAUUCUACAGAACGUGGCAGUGACAGGUACUCAGAGACCGACGUCCACCAUGACUUGCUCCACACGCCUCAAGGCUCUGGCUUUUCCAGCCAGGAGACAGAGGAGAUCUCCAUCUUCCAAUCCCCCAAAUAUUUCUGGGAUGAUGACACGAGAAAGGUGAAUGGAACCAGCGAUGAUAGCGGGACACAAACAGCCGAACCCGUGUCCACAGACAGCAGGGUCACCCAAGAUGAGACAAGCACUUUGGCUAAAGAAGUUUUGGAAACGUCUACAACAUGGUGGCCCACAGAGGCCAGCGAGACUCCCGGACCAGUAUCCCCAGUCAUUAAAGUCCUUGCCAAGGAAGACCCCCUACAGCCCAUACACGACGACACAACAUCUGUAGUCCCGGACCUGGAGGAGAGGACGGCUCCUAGGAUGACAUCCACCUUUUCCAACCCAACUGCCAAGCCGCCUCGAAAGAACAAGAAACAUUCUGGGUCCAGAGGCCAUCACGCUGGUCACAAGUCAGAGUCCGAACUUCAUCCCGGACCUCCUGCAGAUUCACGGGGUCAUGGUGCGGGACAUUUCCCCCCCGGACACAUGAGCAAUGAAAGUAUGGCGGCCAACCAAUCUUUGCCUGCUGCCAACAGCAAAGAGAAGCCUGAUAUUCCGGCAGUGUUUUCCACUCAACGGGAAGAAGACCCAACAAAGGCUGUGGCCCCCAUGCAGCUGUCACCAAGUACAGAGCAGGUAAUCUGCAAAGACUGGAUAAAUUUGGCCGGAAAAAAUUACAUCAUCCUGAACAUGUCGGACGAUAUCGAUUGCGAAGAGUUCCGAUGGAGAAAAGGACAACAGUUGCUGUCUCUCCUGGAGGGGGCGCUGUCGUGGAAGUCAGAACCACCCCAGAGGGACUGGGUGAUCUUCCUGAGCAAGCCUAAUGAGAACGACAAUCACCUGCUAAUGACGGUCACAGAGGAGGAGCGUGUGGUCCCUGCCAAGGACGUCUUUAUGGCGCUGGGUGACAUAAAACUAAGCCUCGCGGAGAUCGGGAUCGAAAGUUACUCCAGCACGGUCAGCUGCCAGUCGCGCCCCAGUCCACCCCGGAGCGAUUACGGCAAACUCUUUACUGUUUUGGUCAUCAUCGGUUCCGUGUGCGUCAUGAUCAUCGUCGCCGGGCUCAUAUACAUAUGCUGGCAAAGGCGUCUGCCCAAAAUGAAAAACAUGGAGCUCCAUUUCGUGGAGAAUGGCUGCCACGAUAAUCCCACCCUAGACGUGGCGAUGGACGGCCAGUCGGAGAUGCAAGAGAAGAAAGCGAGCAUCAACGGCGGCACGGCGCACCAGGCCGACGGCUGGGAGACCCUAAUCAACAAGACGGACAAAGAAGAGAACGACCCCAUGGAGGAGGACACCCACUUAUAAAGGCCAAGCGACAGCCCGGUCUGUAGGCAGAACUUUGAUUGGCCGAGGGGCAACUCCGGGUCGCGUCAAUUCACAAUCCCCCUCUCCCCCCCUUCCCCAGAUGCUGGGACUAACACGUAAUGGAGUUUGUCGAUUUGUAGCAGCACAGAAUUCUAGAUAGAGCACACAGUGUCAGUGACUAUUCAUAAGCUGGUCCGCGGUUUACAGUGUUUGAUAUGAUUGCACUUUACUCUUCCAAAGAUUAAAUUCAGAGUCGGCUCACCAGCGUAGUGCUAUCUGCCAGCCUUUUUCCAGAGCGGCCUGGGCUGGACAGAGCGUCGUUUUUAGAUUAGGAAUUGUACAUUUUGUGUCCCCUGUGGUGGUGUAGGACUGGGAUCGCUUUGAAAGGCACAGACCACAUCGAUUGUCCUGCCUUGCUAUGCCAACCGUAUGUAGUUUGUAUUCUUACAGCUUGCUACCAAGCCCGCUGGGCAAAUUACGGAAAUCGUAAA